CGAUCACUAGUCGGCUGCCUUCUCACUGUUAUCAACGUGGCGUACGGCGAUUCUGAUGGCUUGAGUGAUUUAUCACUCGCGUACACAAGAUGUGCGGGAAACUACAGUCCGUGACGUCGGCCUAGGGAGAGUUCCAUCGAAGAAACCCGAAACCCUGCCAUCUCAAUUCUCGACGAGCAUCUGUACUCUCUCUGCCAGGGAGCGUAAAGUUUAUCCAAGAUCCAGAACAAGAAUCUAUCAGCAUCCGCGAUCACCAUAUAGCAGAAAAGUUGACAUAAGGAAGAAAAUACAAUAGAUCGCAACCCAGCAAACAGAUGAGUUACCUCACCCAUGGAUGAGAAUCCCUCUACAAGGCUUCCAAACACGCUCUUUAAUGCCUGAUCUCCUUCCAAUACGGCCCUCGCCUCCUCCCAAGUCAUUGGCAUCCGCCGCCUCCCUUUCUGCCUCUAUCAUCUGUGCGCGGGCGUCGCACAAUCUUGCUCAACUAGUGGUGUUUAGGAUCGGAUACCAAGGAGCCCGGCACCAAAGAGGCUGGAGAGAACCAGGUAGGGGAAAGACGUCGUCUAUACAUCUGAUUUCGAAGUGGUUCGAGUGGUCGCGAGGGAUACAGUCAUUGGUUCUACACGCCCAGGAGGAACACAAAAGCGCACGUAUGGGGAGCGUGAAGGCACAGAAGGUAGCUGGGAUGCGGUUGAAUAAACCAGCUAGGAAAAUGCGUUCGCGAAGGGUGAGAAGAUUGGCUGAUGCCUGGUUCUUGUCACUCGCUUGCGGCUGGCUAUAUGAGAGCGUAAAUCAGAAAAUGUGAAGGCAGAGUGUGAACAUGUAGGCAAGAGAAAACAGAGAGACGAUCAGCUGCGGAAAUAGCACGUACAAUUAUCCAAUUAUAACCUUGGU